GUGAUAUCACCGUACCUUGGCCGACCCUUCGAAGACAAGUUCAAGUAAAUUCCAAUUCCAGACCUUUUUCUUCACAAAGAUUUUUUAUAUGAAUAUUGUAGAUACCUUAUGAUUUGUAAAGAUGACAGAAAUAAUGGAUGUGCCGCAUAUAUUACAACAGGAGCAAUGGGAUUGUGGCUUGGCUUCUGCCAAGAUGAUUUUCAGGUAUUGCAAUGUUUCUCUAGGAGAAGGUGAUGAGAAGUUGAUGAAAGCAUGCAAAGAGCUAGAAAUAAAGAAAGCUAUUUGGACUGUAGAUCUGGCUCAUCUAAUGGCAAAGUUCAAUAUCAAACACGACUUCUACACACUCACAUUUGGGGUAGAUCCAAAAUAUUCCACCGUGGAAUUUUAUAACAGUAAUACCUAUUUUUCCGAUUUCUUGGAAGAAGAGCAUAGGAUCAAUAAGCUGUUUCUAGAAGCUCAGGACAGAGGUAUCAUUGCAUCUAAGAAAUCACUUUCCCGUGAUGAGAUCAUCAGUCGGCUCAAAGAGCGUCAACCUGCUGUAGUUCUUAUUGAUGCCAGUCUUCUUGUUUGCCUGGAGUGUGAUGACACAAAGCAAGAUCGUGAGUUUGGGUGCUGCCAGAGAGAGGAGGAAGAGGAGGAAGGAUAUAUAGGUCAUUUCAUAGUUGCUUGUGGCUACAAUAUAGAGAAGGAACAAAUUUUUUACAGAAAUCCUGCAAGGCCUAUCGAUCUCUGCUGUUGCUCCUUUGAGAACUUUGAUGUUGCAAGGAAAUCACAUGGCACAGAUGAGGAUAUCCUUUUCAUCCAAAGAUGACCUUGCAUAAUGUCAUUGACCUUUGAAUUUUUAUAUUUGAGAAACCUGAUCGUACACAGGUCAUGCAUGAAGCAAUAUCAUGAUGUUAUGUGUGGUGCAAUAUCUUAAUAUUCAUACAAAGAAUGAUUUAUAAUUGUAUUAAAACUCCCAACAUUACGUCAAACCCCCGUUUGCAGAAAGACCGCAGUUCAGACUGUAAACUGCGGUCCCAUACCCCAUUUUUCAUUUUAAAAAUCUCAACAACAUUUCCAACCCCGAUAAGCCCAUCUUGGCCAGGUAAUCCCCUUGUCUCAAUUUCACCACCACAGGCCAGAUUAUGAGCGUUGAGCCAGGGACGAAAUGAUAAACAACAGCUGUGCUAUUACGUAAGACUUCUCUGCCUGUAGUAGGACCUUC